GGGACCACUCCAGCCUGAGUUCUGAUCGGUUCAAAUUUAGUCUUCGAGUCCAGCCAUCAUUUAAUAGAAAUCAUCGAGGGUACCUCAACAGAGAAAAGCAUUGUGAUAAUGCAAUUAUGUGAGUGGUCAUGAUCGUUGAACUUAUCUCCAUUUUAUCCUUUUCGUCUGUCUUAAAUUGUCAAUAUUUGAAUACUUCACAGGCACUGGUUCCAUCUCUUUAUUAUGGUCUCUUAAUUUGUCAUCUCCAUCGGAGAGAAGCAGCAAAGUUUUAGCCUUUAGAAAUCAAAAGAUUUGCAGCAUAAUCAUGUCUUGGACUUGGACCUCACUUGCUCUUGUGGCCCUCUUCUUCUUCCUCCAAGCUUUGCUGUGGAAAAAAGAUACAAAAUCUAACCGAUUGCCUCCAGGUCCAAGAGGGUUUCCCAUUUUCGGAAGCCUUCAUUUGUUAGGCAAGUUUCCUCACAGAGAUUUUCAAAAACUUGCAAAAAAAUAUGGCCCCAUCAUGUUUAUGCGCUUAGGCUUGAUGCCAACAGUCGUAGUUUCAUCACCUCAAGCUGCUGAACAGUUCCUGAAAACGCACGAUCUUAUUUUUGCCAGCAGGCCUGCUAUUGAAGCUUCGAAGUAUAUUAGUUACGGGCAUAAGAGUUUAGCCUUUUCUCCUUAUGGGUCUUAUUGGCGCACCGUCCGCAAGAUGUGCACCUUGGAACUUCUUAGUAUGGCUAAGAUCAAUGCUUUCCAGGCCAUGAGAAAAGAAGAGCUUGAUCUCUUGAUUGAAUAUGUAAAAGAGGCUGCCGAAGAUGGUGUUGCUGUUGAUCUUACUGCAAAGGUGUCGUCUCUGACCGCUGACAUGACUUGUCGAAUGGUUUUUGGGAAGAAAUAUCUGGAGGAGGAGUUUCAUGAGAAAGGGUUCAAGGCUGUGAUCCAAGAGUCUUUGACAUUGGCAGCCAUUCCAAAUUUGGGUGAUUACAUCCCCCAAAUUGCUUCACUUGAUCUCCAGGGGCUGAGAAAGCGGAUGAAGGCGGUUUCCAAGGUGUUUGAUGCCUUCUUUGAAAAGAUUAUUGAUGAGCAUGUUCUAUCCAAGGAUGAAAAGAGAACCAAAGAUUUUGUUGAUGUCAUGUUGAGCUUCUUGGGAUCAGAAGAAACCGAGUACAAAAUUAAUCGAGAGCAUAUCAAAGCCAUAAUCUUGGAUAUGCUUACAGGUGCAAUGGACACUUCAGCUACUGCCGUAGAGUGGGCACUUUCAGAACUCAUGAAACAUCCUGAAGAAAUGAAGAAAGUACAGAAAGAACUGGAAACUGCCGUGGGACUGGACAGGAUGUUUGAAGAAUCAGAUUUGGACAACCUGGAAUACUUGGACAUGGUUGUGAAAGAAACCCUCAGGCUCCAUCCUGUAGGCCCUUUAUUACUCCCCCAUGAAUCUGUGGAAGAUUGCACAAUAAAUGGCUACCACAUACCCAAGAAAUCACGAGUUGUUAUAAAUGCAUGGGCAAUCGGAAGAGAUCCAGAAGCCUGGACCGAUCCUGAGAAGUUUUGGCCGGAAAGGUUUGUCAAUAGUAACAUUGAUCUUCGUGGUCGAGACUUUCAGCUUAUCCCAUUUGGUUCCGGCCGCAGAGGGUGCCCUGGAAUGCAAUUGGGACUCACUGCGGUGAAGCAAGUGGUAGCACAGCUUGUGCAUUGCUUUGAUUGGGAGCUUCCGGAUGGGAUGCUGCCGAGUGAAUUGGACAUGAGUGAGGAGUUUGGUCUUGUGAUUCCUAGAGCUAAGCAUCUCUUGGCUGUUCCUACUUAUCGUCUGAAAAUAAAUGAUAAUAGGCUCUGAAAAGGAGUAACAUUAUGAGGUUCUUAAAUUCAGCUUAACUUCAAUUUCUGAAACUGUUUUCAUUUUUCUUAUGUAAUGCGAUAAUCCUGUGUUUACUUUGCAUUAAUCUAAUAGAAAGAUAUAAGAUAUUCAA